AUGAGCCUGGUGCUGCGGAACGCCCAGCGGGUCGUGCCGGUGCGCCGGGCCCCGCUCCGCCGCGCCGUGUGCGCCCUGCGGGCCGCCCUGGGCGCCUCCCGCUUCGACGUGGGGCUGGUCUGCGCCAGUAACGGGCUGAUGCGGCGUCUCAACGGCGCAUACCGGCAGCGCCCGGAGCCCACCGACGUCCUCUCCUUCCCCUUCCCCCGGGUGGCGGCGGGGGGGCUGCCGCGGCCGAGCUGCCGCGACGAGUACAACCUGGGGGACAUCUUCCUGGGGGUGGAGUACAUCCACCAGCAGUGCCGCGCCACCGGGGAGGACUUCGACGGCGUCCUGGCGGUGAGCCCCGAGAGCGAUCAACUCGGUGUUUUUAAAACUUACUUAUUUUAACUGGUGACAGCAGCCCACGGGUUGUGCCAUUUGCUCGGCUACCAGCACCGCACAGAAGGCGAGUGGCGACAG